GUGGGCGGGACUUCCGGCCGGCUCUUCCGUCAGCUCCCUUCUCGGGGCGUCUCCCCGCAACCUCCUCUACUUCCCUCGUCGGUGACACGGCGCCGGGCGGAGAUCCGGCCGGGCCGGGCCGGGGGAGGGCCACCGCGGGUGCGUGCCUGCCCGUGCGUCUGUGUUCGGGAGGACGGACUGUGGGGCCGCGGCCGCCAGGCGACGGGGACCGAGGCAGGGCGCGCUGUGCUGCGAAACCGGCUUCGCGGACGGAACCUGUGCACAGGAUAGAAAUGCUCCGCGUGUUUGCACGUUAAAAGAAGAUGGAUGCACAAUGUUCACCCAAAGUCAGUGCCAGGAAGAGGAGAAAAGAGGCACCUGGACCCAAUGGGGCAGCAGAGGAAGACGGGAUUCCUUCCAAAGUGCAGCGCUGUGCAGUUGGCUUACGGCAACCAGCUCCUUUUUCUGAUGAAAUUGAAGUGGACUUUAGUAAGCCCUAUGUCAGGGUAACUAUGGAAGAAGCCAGUAGAGGAACUCCUUGUGAGCGGCCCGUGAGAGUUUAUGCUGAUGGAAUAUUUGACUUAUUUCACUCUGGUCAUGCCCGAGCUCUGAUGCAAGCAAAGAACCUUUUCCCUAAUACAUACCUCAUCGUGGGAGUUUGCAGUGAUGAGCUAACGCACAACUUCAAGGGCUUCACGGUGAUGAAUGAGAAUGAGCGCUACGAUGCGGUGCAGCACUGCCGCUACGUGGACGAGGUCGUGAGGAACGCGCCCUGGACCCUCACACCUGAGUUCCUGGCAGAACACCGGAUUGAUUUUGUAGCCCACGAUGACAUCCCUUAUUCAUCUGCUGGCAGUGACGAUGUCUAUAAGCACAUCAAGGAAGCAGGCAUGUUUGCUCCAACACAGAGGACAGAAGGCAUCUCCACAUCAGACAUCAUCACCCGGAUUGUGCGGGACUACGAUGUGUAUGCGCGGCGGAACCUGCAGCGGGGCUACACAGCGAAGGAGCUCAACGUCAGCUUCAUCAACGAGAAGAAAUACCACUUGCAGGAGAGGGUUGAUAAAGUAAAGAAGAAAGUGAAAGAUGUGGAGGAAAAGUCAAAAGAAUUUGUUCAGAAGGUGGAGGAAAAAAGCAUCGACCUCAUUCAGAAAUGGGAGGAGAAGUCCCGAGAAUUCAUCGGAAGUUUUCUGGAAAUGUUUGGUCCAGAAGGAGCACUGAAACAUAUGCUGAAAGAGGGGAAAGGCCGGAUGCUCCAGGCCAUCAGUCCAAAGCAGAGCCCCAGCAGCAGCCCUGCUCGUGAGCGCUCCCCCUCCCCGUCUUUCCGAUGGCCCUUCUCUGGCAAGACUUCUCCACCCUGCUCUCCAGCAAAUCCCUCCAGGCGCAAGGUGGCAGCCUGUGAUAUCAGUGAGGACGAAGAAGACUGACUUUCCCUCCCUCCUUUCCUUUCCUCUCCCCAUGUCCCGUUACCUUCAGAAGCUCUCUGUUGAAUUCCAAAUUGUGACCCCAACACUAAACCUAAGGACAGCUACAAAGGAAAGACAACCGAGGCAAGAGGACCUAGGACUCGGGGAACCGAAACAGCCCAUCCUCCAGGAGACCUCACUCACCCCGCCAAGGAGGUGGCCUGCACCCUAGAAGCCUCCUCUGCGUCCGCUCACCCUCCCCAGGGUAUGUUCACGUUCAUGCUAUGUUCACGUGAUCUCGACAGGGAAAUGGUCAUUUUUAUUAAUUUUUUAAAAUUAGUCUUUCAAAUGUAGAACUAAUUUUUUUGCCCCCGAGGAGUGGGCAGAAGGAGGAGGCAGUGUAAUCCGCAGAGGCCUUUUCUUCCCGGUCCACUCUAGCAUUUGCCUUCUGUUCUGAAGCAAAGUGGCUUGCCAAGUCCUUCCCGAAAUGAGCCGUGCCGAUGGGUGAUUUGUGGAGAAAUACCCUAAUUUUGAUUUCCUUAAGGAAAGGCCAAAAGCCGAAUUACAGUCACAGAUCCCCUCAAUGUGUGGCUGUCACCAGUGCCACUGUGGCUGUGGGAAGAAGGAGAUCUGAGCCUCACUUUUCUUACUCCCUGAGGAGUUUCUUGUUGGACCCAAUGGGGUCCAUGAAGACACUGAUGGGGAUGGAACCAGACCCAUGGCGUCACCCGCAGUGUUUCUGCUGUGUUCAUCGUCUCAGAAAACUCUGUUGCCCAGUUCUUUGGGAGCUUCCGUCAGUCUCUUUCCUGCCAUCUACCUUUGAAGGAAGGAACACUUUUAGGGUGACUGAUAAGGAGAGGAGCGGGACAAUACUCAAACCUAUACCGUGUCAGCUGAGAGAGUUUCCUACUGGGAGUAAGUGCCUGGCCCUGCUGCUCCUAUUUGAAUGCUAUUAAUAUUGCCUAGCCUUUUAGAAAGGGUACUUUGUAAAUGUCUGCCAUUGGAACUUGAUGUUAAUCCAUUUUGCUCAUAGCCAUAUUGAAUAUUUAGAUUUGCACCGAAUGUAGAAGCAAAAGCCUAAGGAAAAACCUUCCUUUCUAAAGCAACAGCCUUAUCUUGACCUGUGUCCCCCUUAAGAACAUUCUUCACUGGA